AUGGCUACUGUAGCAGACAUUGGUGUUUCAGCUGCUAUCAACAUACUAUUAGCUUUUGCUUUCUUGAUAGCUUUUGCUUUACUCAGAAUUCAACCUGUCAAUUACAGAAUUUAUUUCCCAAAAUUGUAUAUCAAUAAUGGAAGAACCAGUCCAAGAAGUCCUGGAAAUUUCUUAGAAAAAUAUGUCAAUCUUAAUUUCAAAACUUAUUUGACUUUUCUCAAUUGGAUGCCACAUGCUAUGAGUAUGAAUGAAACUGAGAUCAUUAAGCAUUCUGGUCUUGAUUCUGCUGUUUUUCUCAGAAUUUAUUAUCUUGGCUUAAAGAUUUUUGUUCCAGUCACCAUUGUGGCACUGUUUAUUCUUCUUCCAGUCAAUGUUUCAAGUGGGACACUAUUUUUCCUUAGAAGAGAAUUGGUAGUGAGUGAUAUUGAUAAUCUCUCUAUAUCAAAUGUUCCACCUAAGUCUUUAAGAUUUUUUGUUCACAUAGGUUUGGAAUACCUGUUUACAAUAUGGAUUUGUUUUCUGCUCUACAAGGAGUAUGAUUAUGUAGCGUUAAAAAGGUCGAAUUUCUUGGCUUCACAACGCAGGUGUGUGGAGCAAUUCACGGUACUUGUCAGGAGUGUCCCUCAUACGUCUGGUCACUCAGUAUCGGAUAGUGUGAACAGCUUCUUUCAAACAAACCACCCGGAUCAUUAUAUUGGACAUCAGGCUGUCCACAAUGCAAACAAAUUGGGAAAUCUUGCUAGCAGAAGAGAUAGACUUAAGAAUUUGCUGGACCAUUACCGCCUAAAGUUUCAAAAGCAUCCUCAUACAAGACCAACGAUCAAGACCGGAUGUUUAGGACUUUGCGGCAGGAAAGUUUAUGCUAUCGAGUACUAUGAACAACAUCUUAAGGCAAUCGUUAAAAAGAUGACAUUGGAGCACCAGAAGAUUAUAAAAGAUCCUGAAUCUAUUUUGCCUGUGGCUUUUCUAUGUUUCAAUUCGCGUUGGGGAGCAUCAGUAUGCGCACAGACUGUACAAAGCAGAAAUCCUACACUCUGGUUGACUGAUUGGGCUCCAGAGAAACGAGACAUAUAUUGGCGAAACUUGACCAUACCAUUUGUUUCUUUAACCGUCCGGAAAUUUAUAAUAACCUUGUUGCUGUUUGCGUUGGUAUUCUUCUAUAUGAUUCCUAUUGCUUUUGUGCAAUCCCUUGCCAAUUUGGAUGGUCUUGAAAAAGUUGCUCCUUUCCUCACACCAGUAAUAGAAAUGAAAUUCAUCAAGUGCUUUCUACAAGGUUUUCUUCCUGGUUUGGUCCUUAAAAUAUUUCUAUACAUUCUACCUUCAGGUCUGAUGAUUAUGUCAGAAGUCGAGGGAUACAUCACAUUAUCAACACUCGAGCAAAAAACAGCGGAAAAAUAUUAUUACUUUAUGUUGGUGAAUGUUUUCUUGGGAAGCAUAAUUACUGGAACUGCAUUCGAGCAGCUGGAUGCUUUUCUUCACCAGUCACCUACACAGAUUCCUAGAACAAUUGGAGUUUCGAUUCCAAUGAAGGCCACCUUCUUUAUGACAUACAUAAUGCUUGAUGGCUGGGCUGGAAUUGCCUGCGAGAUUCUCAGAGUAAAGCCAUUUUUUAUAUAUCAUCUCAAGAACAUGUUCUUAGUAAAAACCGAGGGAGAUCGACAAAAGGCCAUGGAACCUGGGAGCGUGGACUAUCCCGAAACUCUUCCGAGUCUUCAACUAUAUUUCCUUCUCGGUAUUGUUUAUGCAAUAAUGACUCCAAUCCUUCUUCCGUUCAUACUCAUCUUCUUCGUCUUUGCAUAUUUGGUUUAUCGUCAUCAGGUAAUCAAUGUCUACACUCAACGAUAUGAAAGCGCCGCUGCAUUUUGGCCACAAGUUCAUAACCGCAUUAUAGCAAGCUUACUGAUAUCGCAGCUUCUUCUGUUGGGCUUACUUAGCACCAAAGAAGCGGUUAAGUCUACUCCUUUGCUUCUGAUGUUACCAAUCUUGACAUUUGCAUUUCACAAGUACUGCCAAAGUCGUUUCGAGCCCUCGUUUAGGAAGUAUCCCCUCGAGGAAGCAAUGGAAAAAGAUUUGUUGCAGAAAACAACAGAACCUGACCUAAACAUAAAAGCAUAUUUAGCAGAUUCUUACUUGUAUCCAAACUUAACAUCAUUUGAAGAGAUAGAAGAAGAAUUGGUUGAACUUGAAAAAGUUGAAGUGAAAGUAGAUAAAAACCAAACUCCUCAUGUGGCUAGUCCAAUGUUGAGUGAGUCAAGUUCACCUUUUCCUUCACCACUACAUCAUAUCCAUCAACAUCAACCUUCACCUUCACCACUACAUCAUAUCCAUCAACAUCAACCUUCACCACAGGAGUAUUACUACAAUCCUCCCUCUCCUCAUUAUGAUUAUCAAUAUCAAGAUCAACCUUGAAUUGACAUUAAGGGUUACUUAUUUCAAAGUUCUUGAGACCUAUGAAGUCCGGAUACAUAUACGGACACGAGACAUGACACAGAUGCAGACAUGAAAACACUGCUAAUGUAAAAAAUACGAGACACUGGCACGGCUAUCUAUUUUAUAUAUUAAUAAAAUAAUGUAAU